UUGGUUUUUCUAUAUUUUUUAAUAUUUAAUAAAAAUAAAAUACUACAAAAAUAAACAACCUAAUAUUUAACACUAUUAAGCAUUAAAGUUCUAUUUAGAAUUAAGUAAAAAAACCAAACACCACCCCCAAAAGCAACCUGAGCAAUGCCUUAUGAACCAUUUUCCAGUUUCCAUGCAUUUUUUACAGUGAAAAUUGUCGGUUUUUUCGGGUUUCUAAGUGGAUAGAUUAAGCACAAACUAUGAUAACAAGCUACUAAUAAUCUAAUAUGUCCCCUUCAUUUUUCUCUGUUUCUUUCAACUUGCAAGGCACCCAUCUCCCACCAACUCCUGGUUUGCGUUCCCACCACUUCAAGAAACUGGAUUAUAUCUUCUUUGAUCCAUGGUUUCAGGCUCCAAAAAUCAGACAAAUUCCCCUGCCAUGGCUCUCAAAAUCUUAAUUCCGUGGAUUCCAACCUUAAUUCUACUACAUUUGCCUGUUAUUAGCCCCUCCAACUUCACCUACCCGGCCGUUUUCAACUUUGGGGACUCGAAUUCCGACACCGGCGGCCUGGCAGCCGGAGUUGCUUUUCCAGUAGGCGCCCCGAACGGAGAAACCUACUUCAACAAGCCGUCCGGCCGGUUCUGUGAUGGCCGCUUGAUCAUUGAUUUUCUCAUGGAUUCAAUGGACUUACCAUACCUAAACGCAUAUCUGGAUUCCAUCGGCGCCCCAAGUUUCCGAACGGGCUGCAACUUCGCCACUGGAGGGGCGACCAUUCUUCCGGCCAAUGCCGCUUCUCUUAGUCCCUUCUCGUUCGGGUUUCAGGUGGCGCAGUUCAUUCGAUUCAAGGCCCGGGUUCUUGAACUACUGGGAAAAGACAAAAAGUUACAGAAGAUCCUCCCCUUAGAAGACUAUUUCAGGGAUGGACUAUACGGUUUCGAUGUGGGACAGAAUGAUCUUGACGGUGCUUUCUACUCGAAAUCAGAAGACCAAGUGGCUGCAUUCAUCCCAACCAUACUCUCUGAAUUCGAAGCUGGAGUUGAGAGACUGUACAACGAAGGGGCGAGGAACUUGUGGAUUCAUGGCAUGGGUCCUCUAGGUUGUUUGGCUAGAAUCAUCGCGACGUUCGGAAAAGAUGCAUCGAAAUUGGAUCAAUUUGGAUGCGUUAAUUCUCAUAAUCGCGCGGCUAAGCUUUUCAAUUCGCAGCUGCAUAGUCUCUGCGCCAAGCUUGGCAGCCAACUCCCGCAAGUUAAUGUCACUUACGUUGAUAUUUUUGCUAUUAAGCUCAACCUCAUUGCAAAUUUUUCUCAAUUAGGCUUCAAGGAAUCCAUAGCUGCAUGCUGCGGCUACGGCGGGCCGCCCUUAAAUUUUGACAAUCGGAUAGCCUGCGGGCAGACGAAGAGCCUGAAUGGAAGCUUGGUGACUGCAAAGCCCUGUGAUAACACAACUGAAUAUGUGAAUUGGGAUGGAAACCAUUACACAGAAGCUGCAAACUUAUAUGUUUCUUCACAAAUACUAACGGGCAAAUUCUCCGACCCACCCCUCACUGAAUUCACCAUUUCUCCGAGUGUGUUCCACACUGGUUUUAGAAAACGUUUUCGAUUUUUUUAACAUUUGAAUAAUAAAUUUUUUUAAAUGUUAAAAAUAUUAAAAACGCUUCUUAAAAUCACUGUCAAACAAACUCUUUUUAAUAUUCAAGUUAUAUUAUUAUCCAAAAAACUUGAAAUAUUGUAAUGAUUUGAUAGUAUUACAAUAAUGUAUGUGAAAAUGUAGAUUGAUGUGGAUGUAUUUUUAUUUUAGUGAGUUGGGUUUUGGCUACAUAUUAAUGCUAAAUUUGAGAAAGGGUUCUUGGGGUGAAUGGGUGAAAUGAUCUCAAACUAUGUAUUGCUAAGAAGUGUAAUAUUCAUAGGGUUAAAGUUGGA